CACGUGCGGCAGCGGUGGCCCCAGAUGCGGGAGGAUGAGUUCCCAGAGGGGGAACGUGGCGCGCUCGCGGCCCCAGAGACAUCAGAACUCGCGAGUCUUCAAAAAUGACAAGUAUGACACAAGCGCCCAGCGUAAGAUGCAGACCAAAGUCUUUGAAUGAUUUCUGAACUUUGUGAGCGGCUCUGGCCUACUUAAGUCGCAUAAAACCAUGCAAGAGUCACAGAAAAUUAAUGCAAAGCUUCAUGAUGGAGUGUGUCAGCACUGUAAGGAGGUCUUGGAGUGGCGUGUAAAAUUCAGCAAAUACAAACCACUAUCAAAACCGAAGAAAUGCGUGAAGUGCCUCCAAAAGACUGUAAAGGAUUCUUACCAUAUUAUUUGCAGAUCCUGUGCUUGUGAAUUAGAAGUGUGUGCUAAAUGUGGAAAGAAAGAAGAAAUUGUAGUUCCGAUCAGUAAAGGACCAGAGAAGACGGAGAAUGAGACUACUGGAAAUUGCCAAAGAACGCUCAGUAGAAGAGAUGAGUCAGAGGAAAGAGAUGAACUGGAUUUUGAUAUUGACUUAGAUGGCAUGGAUGAUAAGAAUCCUGACAUGCUCGAGGAACACUUCAAAAAUAUGAAGUUUGAAAGGACAGAAGUCUGAAACUGUUCCUGUAGAAUCUUAUAUGAAAGGCUAAAGUUCUAGUCAGGAGACUGUACAACUGAAGAAAAAAGUCAAAGUGAUACCUACCUAGUAUUUCCACUAUGACAGUUCAGUCUGAUAUUUGAGUGCUUGACACACUGCUAAUAUAAAUGUUCCAUUUUAUAUUUGAAUUUUAUCACAAAUCUUUAUGCAAGAGUGGGAUUCCGCAAGAAAAAAUUAUGUCAAUUUCUGGUAUACAGGGAGUUAUGGAGCCUUUCCACUUCCAGGUCACUGGUUUUAAAAAUCAUCCUGAUCGGAAAUGUCUGUCGUCAUGUGGUGACUAUUCUGUUGUUUGUGCAAAGUGAGUUACAGAUCUCAGGCCAAAGUAUUAUGGACAAAUGGCCCUAGCACAGGAAGGAAAGGUAAACUGUCAAAAAUAGUGCUAAUGAAUGAGUCUAGAGACUAAGCUACUUUCUUAGUCAUGUUUUAAUAUGCUCCAGAACAGGGUUCUGUGGAGUACUACCACUACCCCCACACUUGCUGCUCAUCUCUUGUGCGUAAAUAGAGGAUCUGUAUGCUGUUAGGGUACCUCUCAUAAGCAAUAGUACUUCAACUGAAGUCAUGUCAUUAACAUUUAAAAUGUUAAGUGACAAGUUUGUAUCUUUAGAAGAUUAUUGGUGUGUAAAGACCACAGGCCUAUUGUUUUUGGUUAGUGUAUAGUUUCACACAACUGAUUUUUCCUUUGAGCUGUAUUUCUAAUUCAGUUUGCGUUAUGAUUUGAGAAAUAAAUAAAUAGUGUCCUCUAGUGACAGUCACAUAUAACUGCAUUUAUUUUUCAGCUGCACUGUUGCCAGGUUUGAACUCUAGUCUAGUUCACGCGUGUGUUUUUGUAGGAACAGCCUUUCUGAAAUUAAAGCAAAUCAGUUUUCUACAUUAUGGAGAAAUAACUAUAAAAUAUGGACUAGAACAUCUGAAUGGGGAAUGCUUAACUAAAUUAAUUGGACUAGAAUAACCUUUUUAUUACUUGAAUUCAGUAGCACCUCUUGGUUUUGUGCUUUGCACCCUGAAAUACUGCUGGAAUUAGCAAGUGUUUCAUCUGCUAUGGCAAUAGAUUCCAAGGCCAGAAGGGACAAAGUAUUAACCAAAAUUUUUACACUAGAGAGCAUUUAAAUUAACCACAUAUGGCUCAUUAUAGAAUUGCCCAGUUCUAAGGGACCUUGCUCAGUGUACACAACUGACCUACCAAACAAAGUGCCAUCCCAGAUGCCCUGUCCUAUUAUAGUAGCAGUGAGCCAGAGGUUGAACUUCCUCACACCCCACUUGGAAAGUUAGGAGGUGGAGCCCAAAGCGUGUGUGGUUUUUUUAGCCCACGUAAGGCAAUAAGGGCUGGCUCCCAGUAGGUGGGAACUGCUACACCAUGGAUUUUUUUAAUCCAAGCAAUUGCCAUAGAAUCUAAAUUGUAAAAGAAAUUGCAUGCAGGCUGCCAGGGAGUGUUGAGCAUAGAAAGGGCAAAAAAUGAGGAAUAAAGAGCAGCAGUAUUCAGAACCAACCUGUUCUGUGUGGCCAACCACAUUAUAUUGUAUGGAAACAUUUCCCAGCCUUGUAGAAGGUUCUCUUCCCUAACUUGAAGAUUCUGUUUAAACAAUAGUUUAAAUUUGCAUUUAAACACAAGUAAGAGAGGAAGUAGUAGUAUAAAGAGGGAAAUGCUUUUAAAAGCUCCGAGUGCUUUGGAGACUGCAUUGUCCUCCUCAGUAGGGAAGUGAGACUUACUGGAUUGGAUAGUAACUUCUGCCGAGCUAGUCAGUGUGGCCAUGACACCUUCUGGUGGGGGGGUUUGGGGGGGGGCAGAAAUGAGAAGACAGAGUAAAAGCAGGUAUUUUAGUUGGCUCUAUAAACAGAAAGUAGAUAGUCCCUCCAUACCUGUGCUGGAAUCAGAAGACAGGAUACUGGACACUAAAGCAUAUAGUGUGGGGUGUUGGUAAGGAGAAGGUUAUUGUAGUUCUUACCCAGUUUUGAUGCAGAAACUAAUUGCAAAACUUGUAAUUUUUAAAUUGGAGAAGGAGAUGAGCUUUUUUGUUAUACAUGGAACUCCACACUGGAUUCCCAAAAAAUGUUUUGAGGAAAGUAGGAGAAUUGCAUGGAAAAGGAGAAAAGUUGGGAGAGGCAUAAAAAGUCUUCUAUGCAAGGAGAGGUUGAAAGGAUUAGGGGAUGAUAGAUAUCCCAGUGCAAAAAUGACAAGGGGCUUGGAGAAGGUAAAAUAGGUGCUCCUUCAUAACACAAGUCUGACAGUCCCAGGCAAAAUAAUGGAAUGGCUCAUGUGGCACUGUUAAAGAAGGGUAAUAUAAUUAAUGUCAAUCAACAUGGGUUUGUGGGAAAUAGUUCUUGUAAUCUCAUGCAAAAAAGAGAGAGAGGAUUCAAAGAAAAGCCAGGAGAAUGAUUAAAGGAUUGGAAGAUAUGCUCUCUCAUGAGUGAGCUCCUUGAGUCUAUUUAGCUUGUCAUUCCCAUAACUGUUUGCUAAGAUCCCUAUAAAGGUACUUAUAGAGUGAACAGAAUUUUGAUGAAGGGUCUUCAAACUAUCAGAGAUAAUAUAGUCCAGGGGCUGGAAGUUGAAGCUAGACAGACAAAUUUUAGACUGGAAAUAAGGUGCAGAAUUUUAACAGUAAGGGUAAUUAACCAUUGCAGCAACUUGCAAAGGGUUGUGAUGGAUUCUCCAUCACUCAGAAGUCUUAAAAUCAAGUCUGUUGAAGAUGUGCUUAUCUGAAUCAUACCUAUUGAACUUGAAGCAGGAAACUCCUAUGGCCUGUGUUGUGCAGGAGGAGAGACUAGGCUAUCAUUUCUGGUUUUAAAGUCUGAUACUAGCCACUCAGAAUAAAAGACUAGAUGAAUGUCUGGUCUGUUCCACUAAGAUAGUUCCUGUCUUACCUAGUAUUCCUGCAAAUAUGCAUAUACUGUUUCUCGAUGGUUUUAUAUAGGUAUGUACGGGGGUUUAAACUUUGCCUUGACCACAGAGGAAAUACUUUGAUGCUGGACAAUUUUUUUAUUGCACUUUGCACAAGCACCACUGUUAACAAUCACAAGACUGAUUGCCUCGUGCAAAAGAUCACUUGGGGCCUUAUCCUGAGUUGUGCUGAGUUCAGGAGCCAGGCUCAUUUGAUGGUGAGCAUCAGGUUUGGAUAAAGUAGUGUGAGAAUUAAUCAUACACUCUGACUUCAUAACUCCAGCUGCUGGAGUUAUGAAGAUUCCCUGUAGUUAAUUUGUCUGCAAUAAAAAAACAUGUUUUUAAA